GUUGCAAGAUGGCGAACGUUCGGGAUAGUGACACAUCUUUGUGGCUCCACAAUAAACUCGGUAUUUCGAAUGAUUCGUGGACAAGCGGCUCAAUUUGUACCCAAUUAAAUGCUGAAGUGUUGAAAAAUAUCAAGGAUUGUUUUCCAGAUUUGCAAACGCAAGUGAAAUUGAAAUUAUUGCUAAGUUUCUUUCAUAUCCCGCGCAGAAAUGUUGAGGAGUGGAGAAAUGAACUCGAAGAGAUUAUUGAAGUGGCAGCCGUGGACUCAGACCUCUGGGUGGCCAUGUUGGCGGAGACCCUCAAAACAUUCCCCUCAGUGGGCACCCUUAACACGGAGAUAGCAGAGUUUGAUGAGACCAGGCCGAUCUUCAGUGACAUGAUCAGUGAACUGCGAAGGGCAUUGGCUAAGCAUUCAGAUCUUGGACUGUUACCGCUUGAGUGCCUCUAUUUGAAUAAGAAUGCUUUGGUUUCUGUGGUCGGACAACAACCGAAUCCAGUGAAGCAUUUCACACUGAAACGUAAGCCGAAAUCAGUGGCAUUGCGUACAGAACUGUUGACUAAGCAACGGAGGUGCAAGCCAAUCAGAAGAAGGCACAGGCUCCCUCCACUCAAAGGUCUACCGUCUCGUUUCGGCGGUGCUCGCGGCGGAACAUGGCGCGGCGCGGCUCGUCCCCCGCCCCGCGCCGGCAUCAAACUCCUCGACAUCACGGAGCAGCCCGCCACACAUGCACAGAUCAAGAAGAGGAGGAAACUUGAAAUGGAGGAAGGCGCAAAGAAGGCAGCGGCCGCAGCGCCGCCGUCGCCGCCGCCGCCAGACUACGCCAAGGGACUCAACAACUUUACUGGGCCCAAGCCUGAUGAAAAUACUAAUGCGACAUCGUCAAGUACAUCGGAGCCGACGCCGGCCCCCGCGUCCCCUCCCCCCGCGGCGCCGGCCCCCCCCGCCACGCCCGACACUCCGCCGCCACUCGCCAGCCCGCUACUGGUACAUGGUUCAAAUCCAAAGCCGAUAGUAAUAGGUCAACAACCAAAGCUCCUGAUAGCCGGCCCCGCUGGGGGCAAGCCGUUACUAUUGUCCACGCAGAAUCUACUCAACACUUCCACUGUCAUACUGCAGCCUGGCGGGAAAGCUGUGUUGUUGCAGAAUAUUAAACCUCUGGCGCAGGCCGCGGUGCAGCCGGCGGCGCGGCCCGCGGCGGCCGGGCCCGCGCUGCAACACACGCUGCAACCGGUAUGUACUGCACACUACUGCACACUACUGCACACUACUGCACACUACUGCACACUACUGCACACUACUGCACACUACUGCACACUACUGCACACUACUGCACACUACUGCACAACACUGCACAACACUGCACACCCUGCCGUCCAGAUCCCGCAAGCAGUCUCGCAGCCCGCAGUGGCGGCGCCCGCGCCCGCGCUGGCUGCCACGCAGACGCCGCCCUUGUUGCCGCGCCGGGGACUCUCGCUUACGCGUGAACAAAUGUUGGAGGCACAAGACAUGUUCCGCAAUGCCAACCGUGUCACGAGACCAGAGAAGGCGCUUAUACUUGGUUUCAUGGCCGGAUCCAGAGAUAAUCCAUGUCCGAACCUAGGCAACAUAGUAACGAUAAAACUAUCAGAAAACAUCGAGAAUGUUCUCCAGUCGGACGACACAUACCUCACAAUGCUAUCAGAAAUGCAUUUCCAAAUGAACUACAAUAACGGCCAGUGGACGAGACUCAAGAAGUACAGACAUAUAGACGGGAUGGUUCCGCAAAAAAUACCUCCCGGCUCCACAGUAAUUUCAUCCAAUAACCAGCAACCUAUAGUGUCGAUAGCCAAUCAGAGUGUCAGUUAAGUGUAGUGACCAAAGACAGUGCGUGACGUGCAGUGAUUCAAACAUGGAACAGAAAAGUUGCGAGUUUCAUUUCGAAGUAAGUCUGAUGUGUUCUCUUUUUGAAUUGUUGGUUUCCCAAAAGUGACAGUUUGUUUUUUUUCUUUUGAUUAGAGGUUUUAUUUGGAUUUGUGAUUGAACCUCUUUGGAUGAAUAGCUGUGCAAUAAAUUCCGUGUUAGAAAAAAAAAUCGUUACGGUACAUUGGCCAAAUUGGAAGAAUCUUUAUAUUAGGAAAUACAAAUGUGCUUUGUUCCCGAUAAUCGUAAAUCUUAGAAUUUUGUACGAAAACCUUUAUUCAAAUAUCCAAUAACAGUUACUAUUAAAAGUAAAACGAAUCCCUGAUAAGUGUGCUUUAGACAAAUAAAUUGUAAAUUAAAAGAAAUUGAACAGAGAAUACAAUGGAUCAAUGUAAUUAUGUGGUAAUGGUAGACUUAUUUAUUGUCUAUAUCUAUACUCUGUGGUACUCUAUCUCAUACAGUUACUCUACUCUCUAUUUUUCUAUCUAUAAAGUCGCCUUCAUGUCUAAGUUCUUGAACUUUUGUUUCACAUUUUUCCAAACCUUAUGUUGGUGUACGGGAAUGAGGUUUUUUCUUUUUUAUGCUCCCGAGAUGGCGC